GCCGCUCCUCAUCAGACUUGUUCUCCAGACCCCUCACCAGCCUCGUUGCCCUUCUCUGGCAGUUGCCCCCAACCUCGAUUCUGCCUGAUCUGUCCAGGCCACAGAAGUGAGGCUAAGCCCAUUGCCAAGUGCAUACAUGUACAUAAGCAAAGUGGGCAGUAGCCAUGGGCUGAGACCUCCCAGGUUCCUUUAUGUCACCGAGCAGGUCAUGGUGACCCGCGGAUGACAGUCCCUAGGAUAUCUUUCGCCCUGUCCCACUGAGCCACCCACCCCAGCUACCUCCCUCGGCUUCGCACACGGCAUUUCCUGGGCGGCUUGAGCAGACGUAGACAGCCGCUAGUCACAGAGCCCAGCGCUGCUGUUUUGACACUGACUCAACCGUGAAGACGCAUCUCCAAGGUGACUCUGUGCUCGGGAGCGAGGAUGUAUCGCGUAAAUUUGCUUACAUUCAAGGACACGUGCUCUUUCCCAUUGUUUGGAUCCUGAGAAAUUUUUCCCCAGCAGGGCUUGCUGAUAUUGUCACCCUUGUACAGUCAAAUGGCGUUGCCACUGAGGUUCCAGCGCGUGGCUCCACCAGUGGUGGGUUGUGCUGGUGUAAUGGAGAACACUGUGCCUGAAGGGAGGUCUUGUGUGCGGUCCGUCGGCGCAGGCUGUGGCUGGACGUUGCGUUGAAUCCUGUGUUACUGCAGGCAGCUGCAGUCUCUUCCCACACCUCCUCACCCCUGCCUGUCCGUCCAAAGAGGGAGUCGCUUCAGUGGCUCGAUCCAGCAGGAAAACCACAUAUCAGAAAAAAAACAACCCCUCAAACCUGAAAUAAUUAUUCCUUUGGAUCAACCAGCCGGCCAGGCAGCCGUCAGUUCUCUAAUUGUGGGGAAGGGAACAAGACCUGGGGAGACCUGGGGCGGGGAGGACCUCCCUCUCAAAGCCAGCCUGCAGCUACGGUGGAUUAAAGGCAGCGUCAACCCAUCCUUCCCCAGACGUGCCAUGGGGUUGUGUGUGUGCCUGUAUUUUUCCGCUGCCGACCUGACCGUGAAUGCCUGCAUAAUGGGGAAACAUUAUAGUACCAGCUGCAGUUUUAUUUAGAAGGGAGUAAUGAAUAUUUUGUUCCAACAGGCUUUUGAAACGAACGGCGGCCAUCUGGUUAAAAGUUUUGCUCUCAGCCAUGUCAUGAUUCCCCAAAGUUGUAAUCGAGCACCUCUCUGCCCUGGUCAUGCCAAGCGGAUUUAUUUUUAGGUCUGGCUAUUGAACAGGCUCCCAGUUUUCAAAGGCCAUUAGAAUCCUGCUCUCGUUAUUAACAGGCGCCCUGGAAGCGAGGACUCGCUUUUGCCUGGAAUCGGUAAAACUUCUCGCUGGUGCUAACAAAGCUGAGGCAGAUACUAAUGAGGGUUUGAGGGCAGACGCUGCCUCAGACAACGCUGAUCCUUGAAGAGCACAGAGCUGGCUGCAGAACCAAUUGUACUGCUCUUUACAAAAAAAAAAAAAAGUAAGCUGUUGCUUCUCUUUUAUUAGGUAUACAUCCCCAGAGAGUCGUUUUAAAGCUCCAAAGUACCGUUUUCUCUGCCAUUGGAUACUCUCUGAUACUUUGGGGAACAGUUUCUAUUUUCUGCUGUCAAGCUGUUUGACUGCGCUGAUUUUUUUGUAUUACAGCAGCAACAGGUCACGGGUGAGAUCUUUUUUUCCCAGGUGCCUACACACAACACACGUGUGUAAUCUUACCUUCCCCAAAGAGAGACGCGGGAGCCCAGGCAGAGGGAGAACUUAGCCUGCUCCGUGGUCAUGUUUUAAAGCUGCAGACCGGCUCCUAACCCGAUUGAUGGGUCCUGAGGUAACUGGAUUGUGUGCUGGAAAGUAGCAGGAAAGCAGUUUGCCCCAGAGGCUACCCAGUCUGUAUAUCUGUCUGUGUCCAUUUUACUGGGGUAGGUGAGUUAGGUGUGUGUAGCUAGAUACCAAGACCAAAAGUUUCCUAGCGGAUUCCAGUGUAAGCCCUGGUUGUACUGGAAAUGACAGUCACCCCCGCGGGCUGAAGGGGCAUUUCCAAUAGGAGAAUUCAACAGCGUCUCGAUUUUUUUCUCCUCUGCAGCAUGGACAAGGACAGCCAGGAUGUUCACCAGGUGCUGAACGAGCUCAAGAACAAGUUCCAGGAGAUGAGGAAGCUGAUCAGCUCCAUGCCCGGCAUCGGUGUGAGCCCAGAGCAGCAGCAGCAGCAGCUGCAGAACCUGCGGGAGCAGGUCCGGACCAAAAAUGAACUGCUGCAGAAGUACAAGAGCCUUUGCAUGUUUGAAAUCCCCAAGGAGUAGGAAGGGCGCAGCUCUGCUCUCCGGGUCCGAGAUACCUCCUCUUCUGGCUGAACAGGAGAGAAAAAGGUGGCAGAAGUUUACUUUUCUUUCUUUUAUGCUUUUUUUUGGUCGCGUUGCUCUGAAGUUGUGUCUGUGUAGAUCACAGGCGUGUGACACUGAACCAGAACACCGUGUGCUUCACGUGUGAUGAUUACAGCAGUACGUUCACUUUGAUCUGCUGUAGGACUGUACAUUUAUAUAUGCAUCUCUUCUGUUUUCUCUUGGGGUGGGAUUUUUUUUUUUUUUUUUACAUUCGAGCAAGCGGGAGACAUUAUGUUUUCUCCUCGCUAAGGGUCAAAGUACCUGCUGGCUAACUUCAACAAGAAAAAGAGGGCAUUUUCUGCAAUUUUUUUCACUUCUGUGCUGACACAAGUGACCAGACAUCAAAAGGGAGCAUAAGAGGGAAGCGUGAGCUGUUUGGCCCUGCUCCUGGAAAGGGUCUCUGGGGCGCUUUCCAGUCUGUGUGUGUCGAAAGAGGAAUGGUUGCUUUCAGUUACUUCUGUAUUUCUCUCUUUUUCUCUCUUUUUCAACAGGUGAUGGUCGUAUCUGAGAUGAGUAAAGAUUUAGAAAUUCCAAACUGCCCCCCUUGUGUAUUCACUGAGUGGAUGUGGGCUGAGCAGGGGCAGGACUUUGGCAGCACAGAGGACGUGCAUAGCCUGGGCCCAGCUCCUGGGCUUACAUCGCUUUUUGGGAAGCAGGGUGGCUUGGGAGAGCAAAGCAGGGACUGCCAGGGGAGUGGAUUUCGGUGGGCUUUGCGUCCGUAAAUCUCCUUGGGCAAGUGCAGCUUGUGGGCAGUACGCUGGGCAUCUUGCUCUUAAAACAGAGGAAGGGCAAACAGAAUCAAAACAAAGGGCAUAAAUGACAAGGGCUUUUAGUUACUCCAUGCGUGACAGAAGUCAGGCUCAACAGGACGGGUCAGUUCCACAUCUGAAGUGCUCCAGGGGCUUCCCGCAAACACAAGCGUUUGAGCGGCUUGAACGUUUGCCAGCGGCUGACGGAAAGCUCUCAAAUGUUGUUAUCGCGUUCAGACGGACCUCGGGGCUCCCUGCCCUCUGUCCUCCUCCUGUUAGCUCUUACGGCGGCAGGUGACAACCCGGUAAGCAGCACCGCAUCUCGCCGACGAACAAAGAUGGGUCGGGACCUUGAAUCUAACUGUUCUCUGAAUUACCCUGAAAGAUGGUGCAGGUCAGUAGCAGAAGAGGGGAAAAUCCAGCUAGCGAAAUACAGUAUCUGUUGAGAACCAGCAUCCGAAGGCAGGUAGCGCUCGUGCCUUCGGAAGAAGAGAAGCGAGGUCUGUUUGGGUAGGGUUUACCUUUCCUAAACCAAAAGGGCAAGUAAUUCUGCUCGUUGGGAGCUGGGAUGGCUGCGACCCACCUGUAGCCUAGAGAUUACUCUGUCCCCGCUGGAAUACUUUACUAGUACUUUCUUUGGGAAGGUGCCAGUGUGUAAACUCUGAGUAAAGCAGAACACCGAGAUAAACAAAGCACAAUGUACGCUCUUUUUAUUACUGAAAUUACCUUUCUGCCAGCCAUUGCGUGUCCCAGCUCAAUAAAUUCUUGCGUCUC